AUGCUGGGAAGGUUCCGCAUGAGUGUCAACGAGUGCAUCCAAGAGUACCGAAAAGUUGCCCAGAAGGCGUUCACUCCGAAACGAACGACGCUCUUCCCAGCCUCGCCGAAGGGUGCCUUUUCCACCACAGCGCUCGAAGAGGCGGUCAAGAACACAAGCAGGAAGUUCUGUACAGCGAAAGAGUGUGCCGACCAGCGGCAACGAGGCGUUGCAACAGAGAAGGUUUAUCCCCAUCGAGACUUGGAGCUCCGCGACCCGCAAUGCACCAAAACCGCCGUUCUUGCCAUUACCAAGGACAACGUUGACGCCCCGCCAACGCUGUUUACAACGUACGAUACGUCGGAGGGCUUUCGCGGGUGCUCGAUCUGGCAGGUGGCUCGAGCAACGUCCGCAGCAACAACGUUCUUCAAACCCAUUCGAGUCGGCCGGGACGAGAUCGAGUUCGUUGAUGCUGGGUUUGGCUACAACAAUCCAUGCGAGAUCCUUGUCAACGAGGCGCGAAAACAGUUCCCAUCCCACACUCGUAUACAGGUACUCAGCAUUGGUACCGGGCUUGGAGAUGUCGUCAGCAUUGGUAAAACGAGGAUGGACAUCGUCCGCGCGCUGAAGAGCAUGGCGACCAGCUCACGAUAUGCAUUCUCAAACAUGACUGUGUUCACAGCCGGAACCAAGAAAACGGAGCAGUCUGAGUGCGCAUCGCGAACACGGUAG